UCAUCCACUGGGUCCUUGGAUUUUCGACGUUCGACGGUCGGUUCGAACCGCGCGAUUCGAUGAAAUGUAAUGGGAAAAGACGGUAUAACCAAAAAGUGACUGAGUCGACCAAGGAGACACGGGCCCAUGCGGAGACCGCCGCCGACAGAUUUGUGGCAUAUCUCGAUCGGAUAGGGCCUGUCGGUAUUUUGAAAGAAUACGAGUCGAACAAGGCCUAUCUACCGCCCAACGUCAAAUGCGAGACGGGCCGCCGAAAUGCCGACAAGAAUCGAUACAGGGAUGUGAUGUGCCUGGACACGACCCGAGUCGUCCUGAAACCCAAGUUUGGCCCGUACACCGCCGACGACGGUGACUACAUCCAUGCAAACUGGGUCCGCGGCGACGGUCUCGAACGGAAGUACAUCGCCACUCAAGCCCCACUUCCCCACACCGUCGAAGACUUUUGGCGCAUGGUGUUACAGGUCGAGGCAAGGAUUAUCAUCUGCCUGGGCGAAUCGGGCGCGAAAAAUGAUUUCGGAUUGUCGUUGUUUUGGGGGAUGGACGGCCGCGGACAGAUGAGAUAUGGAAAAGUGGUCGUCGUGAUUGAGGGUGUGACAAGUUAUCCGAAGGACGGCCUGCGUGUCUACAGGAUCAAGGUGUCGCUGGGAAGCGCCGGAAUCGCGAGAAGGACCGCAUCAUCCGAUCGAUGUGUGAUGAAAACCUUGGAGCGGUUGAAGGGCGCGUGUGAUGGGGACAUCCAAGACCAACACACAGACAUAAGGUGGCGGCGUGACAGGAAAACGGCGCGUGGCCGCAAAACGGCCGUUCCACUCCGCCACUCCGUGGCUGGGAAAACGGCGGUCAUCCAGUGUUUGGCUGGAAUCGAUGGGACUGGCACUCUGAUUGCCGUUGAUAUGAUCGUCACCCGCAUCCUCAACGGCGACAUCGUAUGGGUGCUGGACGUGUUCGAGGAGUUGCGCGGCUGCCGGGCCAGUGCCAUCCAGACAUCCCAGCAAUACCUCUUGGUCUACGUCACCGUUUUCGACUAUCUCAGGGAAAAAUUCGGCGCUGACCGUUACCAAGCCCAGUACGACAAGUUCAAGCAGCGGCUCGAGAAGAUGGGC